AUGAGACUGAUGAAGCAAGUCGCAUGUGCGGAAGAAUCCUCAGACAAAAGUGCCGUUGUGAGGGCUGCACAGUACAACAUUGGCCAGGCGUAUCUCCACGGAGUCGGCGUGGAAGAGUUUUCACAAGGGUUUUUUAAACUGGCUGCAGAAAGCGGUCUUGCAAAGGCUCAAACGGCCCUGGGAUUUAUUUAUUCGGAUUUAAAAAGCGAUUUGAUGGACUUGGAAAAGGCAUUCGUGUAUCAUUCGGAUGCCUGCCGCAACGGGAGCGUCGAGUCACAGUUGAUGCUUUGUGCAUGUACAGGAAUUGUCGGAUCUAUGUACUUGUUUGGCUUUGGGACUACUCCCAACUUGGACAGUGCCAUUAAAUAUCUGAGGGACGCAGCACGCCGAGAAAAUAUAUUAGCUAAAGGACUGUUGGUGACUUGUUAUCAAAAAUGUGGCUUUUUCCGUCAGGCAUUUGAUCUGGCUCAGAGUGACUUGAGGAAUAAAUGUGACAUUUUAAGACAUUUUAAUUACCAAAGGACCAAGAACUAUGCUUUAUCCGUGGGGCCCCUUCGUGGUGACAUUAUUAAAGAUAUGGGUCCCCUCUACUCUACACUUCUCGACCUCCUCAAUCUCCUCGUCUCGCCUGUUUGGUUACUUUUAGGACAACCUCCGACCAUUCGCCAAUUUACUAAAUGGACUAAAUCUCCGUUUGGACAUUGUACUCCCUCCUGA